GGCCAAUCCCCGAUAGUGGGUACGCGUCACUGUCUGGGACACGAGACAAAAGAAGACAACGGUCACCGAACAGCAGCUUCCAGCAGCGCCUGACGCUCUCCACAAUUCGCCAUGGAAGAAUCAAUGAUGUCCGAAGUGCCCCAGUCAGAGAUUUCAUUCAUGAGUGAGCUGGUGGCGGUGAGGGAAAGGAUGACUCCAAUGUGGGGUACAUAGUAGUCGCACUUAUGCUACUCGUGCUUCUAAUCGGAUUCAUCUAUUUUAUUGGAUUUUAUGGAAGUUCAGAUGUGGAGCCGACCGGCGGGGAGGCCGAAGGCAGCGGUGGCAGCCACGGUCGCGGCGGUGACACCGUUUUUGUCCCCUCCGCGCCUCCCGCACUACCUCCGACCACGGAAGCAGCGUCAACAGACACUGAACUUGGCCCUGGUGUCGACAGCCCUACAUCACCAGAACCAGGCACAACGACACCAUUCUCAACAAUGCCAGCAUCACCAAAACCAUCAUCAACAACCCCACCCCCACUUCCUCCCCCAUCUCUGCCGCCCGCACCUACACCCCCACCUCCGCCACCCCCUCCUCCUCCAACUACCACACUUCCUCCGGCAAAACCGCCCGUGUUGUCUUGCACGGUCGGGCACCAGGCCGUGAUCAAGGAUUCGGUGCCCCCCGAUGGAACAUGCGACAGCAUAUUCUACACGGACGUAUUCUUCAACGACAAGACCAACAAGAUAGAACCAUUGUACAGUGACACCGCCUUCAAGGUGGUCCGGUCCGCCGCAGCGAGAUACUCGAAGACAACGUUCGGAACUUCGAUGUAUCCGGGUACCAUCGGUGAAUUGGUACGCAACAAACAGCAGGAUAUUGAGAGCGCCAUGACCAAACUCCUCAACGACAACUUCGUGCACUUCGGCAUGCUGAAUGUAGAUAAUAUAGAAGACUACGACAAACUCAAAGAUGGCCCACUUCAGUACUUGAAGAUUGCGGGACAUUUCCAAAAGAAACGUGACCAACACUGCGCCUUGGGAGUAGGGCUCUCGAAUGGAGAACUAGGUGAACUGAUCCUGGACAAAGCCAAAUUAGCCACCGAAGAUUUCCCAAAUAUAACGCUUAUUGUUAUCAAAGUACACACGGAAAGAGCCGGAAACAUUAGUCGGCUGUACCCUGUUUCACCGAACCCCGACAAUGUGUUGCUAACACCUUUCCACACGCUGUCACUGCCGUUACUGGGCAGGAAUGUAUCGCAGCGUCUGCAAGAACUGACCAAGAGUGACCGGCGCUACGCCCUGCUAUCGUUCGCCAUGUUUGCGCGGACGUACCGUAUGCCGAAGACGUGGAACGUCCACAGCAGAAGCAUCCGCGCUCAAAAAGGCGUCAUCAUGGAAUUCCGGAUGGUAUGCAGACGCAGCGAAAUUACCAUCGACGCCCAGGACCCGAAAUCCUCGUGCGUGGCGAACACGACGAACAAGUUUCUGGCAAUUUUCGACACCGCCCAGAAUGUAAAAGACAAGAUCGCCUUACGCAAGAUAUACUUCCUUCCAGACAAACUCGGGGGCGUAAUGGCCUAUCGGGUGGACAUGGACGAUUACGGCGGCAGCUGUGGCGAGGGAAAGUUCCCUCUACUGAAAGCCAUGAGAAGCGAGCUGCUGACGUGAGGCCGCAUUUUCGUUCGCUCACCAGGGUGGCGGCUCCCAGUUGUCCGUCACCACUCGAGCUCGCUUUGUUGCUGGACAAGGCGAGAAGCCCACGCCUGAAAUCUCAUAACGUCGCGAGGCAACCGAAUAGAACAUUUCGGUUUGUCUGCUUGUUUCUUGCUCUUUAUUCUUUAACGUACAUAAAGAUGGUAUUUUUCGCUGUA